UGUUGUUUUGAGUGGCGUCAGCUGGUGCUCUCCCUCACUCUCUCCCUCACACUCUCCCUCACACUCUCCCUCCAGCACCUGUGUACUACACCUCACCCAGUGUUACGUGGAAGGUCAGGUGUGUAGGAGACGGGUGUGGCUGGCACCAGUGUUGGCAGGUGUGUGAACGCUGCCCUCUGUAGUGGUGGAGAACGUUGAGCACCAUGUUGGUGUGGCGACUCGGCACGUGCAUCUUGGUGUGUGUGUUGGUGUGUGGAGAGGCAGGUGCCCACACACACCACCUCCACAAUGCCCAGAAGGAGAGGGAAGCUGACGGCGCGCGGAGCCCCCGGGAUCACGGCCACUAUGCUGAUGGCCAGCAUAACUCUGAAUUUGAUCACGAAGCCAUUCUAGGAAGCACCAAGGAUGCUGAGGAGUAUGAUCAGUUACCGGCUAGUGAGUCCAAACGCAGGUUGGAAAUCCUUCUUUUGAAAAUGGAUCGCAACAAUGACAAGCAAAUAGAACGUAGGGAAUUGCAUUCUUGGAUCCUGCGAUCAUUCAGAAUGCUGUCUGAAGAGGAAAGUUCAGAGCGAAUGGAUGAGGUAGAUGAAGAUGAGGAUGGCUUUGUCACAUGGUCUGAGUACAUUUCUGAAACUUAUGGUAUAACGGAUCCCGAUGACCAACAACUUCUUGAAAAAGAAGACCAAGCUGAAGAACAAAGAUUGCUGCGAGAGGAUCGACAACUCUUCAAUGCAGCUGAUAAGAAUAUUGAUGGACGACUUGAUGACAAGGAAUUUUUAGCUUUCACCCAUCCGGAAGAGCACCCAGACAUGCUUCCUGUUGUUCUGCAGCAAACUCUUGACGAGAAGGACACCAACAAUGAUGGUGUUAUUGAUUUCCAAGAGUACAUUGGUGAUAGAGAAUCUGAAGAUGAGGACGAUGGGAUAUCCAACCGUGAAUUUGUAAGAAAACAUAAACCCAAAUUUAAGGAACUGGAUAUAAAUAAAUCUGGGCUUUUAGAGAAGGAAGAAGUAGGGUCAUUGGCAUACUCCAUCAAGGACAUAGCUGAAGAUGAGGUGGAUCAUCUAUUUGGCGCUGCAGAUGAUGAUGGAGAUGACUUGUUGUCAUUCCUGGAGAUCCUCGAUCACCAUGACGUGUUUGUAGGAUCCGAGGCAACAGACUAUGGUGACCACCUUCAUAAUCUAGAUCGCUUUGAGGACGAGUUGUGAGAAAAUUGGUAAUUUUUUUGAUAGCUAUUGUGAGGAGGGAAGAUAAAGGCACUUACAAGAUAUAGCAUAGAUGUUAAGGUCUGAACUGUCUUCAACUGGUGCACCGAGUUACUGUAGUAAGACUCUAAAUAUCAAGAAGCCCAAAAAAACACCAACACUAAACAAUUGCCUUGGUGUUGAGAAUGGUGGAGGCAGUGUUGUUAGUGUUUAUUUUCCUUUGUAUUAGGGUGUUUUUUUUUUUUUAAGCCAUAAAGGCAGGAGGCAAUAUACAGAAGGUCUUGUGACUGGUGUAGUUUGGUCAUCACUCACUACCUCAAGAGACUGGCAACCUUCCUUCAACAUAUUGGUUGCUGAUGGUUGUUAUGAAACUGUCCUUCUGUAUUUUCCCGGUGUCUUUCAGGUUGUCUCUGAAUAGAGUAAUGAAAGUUAAGAUUUGAUAAUUACCAUUGCAAAAGGCAGCUCUAGUUAAACCAAAUCAUUAGGUGCUUAUUUAAAUAUUUGCAAGAAAGUGAUCAUAAACUUGUUCAGAGUGAGAAUUUGUUAAACUAACAUCCUUAAUCAUGAAAUGUUUUGAUGUUGCAGAGAUGUGAUUCACAUUAUAUUGUUUGCUUCCAAAGCAUAUAGUGAACAUUACUAGUGUUGCUAGUGAAUAUGCAUUAAAUGAAUGAAUUGGAAGCUGUGAAAGUUUGUUAUUUUGCCACAAUAUUUGUCACUACUGUAUUUGUCUUCCUUUCUUGCCAAGAUACAUUCAUCUACAGCUUUAUUCCUACAUCAGUUUUGUUUUAUUGUGUGUUAAAGUGGAUAGCUAUAGGUGAAUGUACAAUAUUGUGUGUGUUAAAGUGGAUAGCUAUAGGUGAAUGUACAAUAUUUGCUUUAAUGAAUAAAUAAGAACCUACAUUUUUGGAACAAUGGGAGGUCUUGUAUAAAUGUGCAUAUCUUUAAUUAAGAGUAGAUUACUAGAAAUAAAUUUAGAAGUACAAGUGUCCAGAUAUGUUGUUGCAGCUUCACUCUUUGUGUAUGUAGUAAUGAGAAGGUGAAAUAUGCAAUUAGAAGUACAAGAGAGGUAGAUAUAAAACUAUGUUGACAUCAUUGAUUUUUUAAAUGUACGUGACAAGAGGCCAAAGUGUUUUGGGCCGUCUUUAUUUAAAUUUUGCUAUUUAUUCUUUUAUAUGCAUAUUUAAUUAUGUAAAAGUAUAUAAUAUCAACACAAUUACAGAAAACUAACUUAUUUCCUAUCUUGUCUUGUGUGUAUGUGUUCGGUUAAUGUAUAGUGUUUUGAAUUUGCCCUUAUCAGUUACCAAAGACAUUUAUAUAAACGACACAUUAUAUGAGCUGUAUGUAACUGGCUGUAUGUGCUGCACGAGUCUUUCUUUUCCUACACUUCUCUCAAUAAAAUAAUAUUAAAGCAUAAAAUUCUGAUAUUAGCAGAUUUAUUAUGUAUUCUGUAAUAAAGGUCCUUUACAUGUACCCUUCAUAGGGCAUUAUUAAGUGAUGGAAUUUGAAACACUUUAUACUGUAAAGCAAGUAUGAUGUACAGCCAGGUGUAAUUUGACUGUUUACCCCUAAGUGCCAUGUGUCUAAUAAAUGUACAUGAUUUU